UUUUUGUUACCUCUCUGCAACGUCUGGGCCAACAAAUCCAGAGCCACAGCAUCAGAAUUCCAGGACUUCCUCCGAUCUUCAUCACUCAUCUCACCCUCUGAUUCAUCCAUCUCUCUCUAUAUAUAUAUAUAUAAACGCGCGCACACGCACGCACACAUGGAGAGCACGGCCGAUUCGACGACCGGCUCGCAGCAGCCGCACCUCCCUCCCGGCUUCCGCUUCCAUCCCACCGACGAAGAGCUCGUCGUUCACUACCUCAAGAAGAAGGCCGCCGCUGCCCCUCUUCCCGUCGCUAUCAUAGCCGAGGUCGAUCUCUACAAGUUCGACCCUUGGGAACUCCCUGCUAAGGCGACGUUUGGGGAGCAAGAAUGGUAUUUUUUCAGUCCGAGGGACCGGAAGUACCCGAACGGAGCAAGGCCGAACCGAGCGGCGACAUCGGGGUACUGGAAGGCGACCGGGACGGACAAGCCGGUUCUCACCUCCGGCGGCAGCCAGAAAGUUGGCGUGAAGAAAGCGCUUGUUUUCUACGGCGGGAAGCCACCGAAAGGGGUGAAAACCAACUGGAUCAUGCACGAGUAUCGCCUGGACGAGAACAAAGCCAGCUCCAAGCCGCCCGGCUGUGAUUCCGGCAACAAGAAAGGCUCUCUCAGGCUCGACGAUUGGGUGUUGUGCCGAAUCUACAAGAAGAACAACCCGCCGAGAGCGAUGAUGGAUCACGAGAGAGACGAUUCGAUGGGCGACAUGUUUGGCGCAAUACCAGCCUCGAUACCGCUCUGCCAACCGAACUCGAAACUGCAGGCCAUGAAAGCCGCAAACUACGGCGCAUUGCUCGAUGGCGACCACAACCUGUUCGAGGGAAUUAUGGCGAGUGACGGCAUCAGCAGCUUAAAGCCGCAGCUGCCGCUGAAACGGACGCUGCCCUCGCUCUACUGGCACGACGAGGCCGACCAGGCUGCCGCUUCGUCUUCCAAGAGGUUCCAUGAUGAUCACGCCAAUGGCGGAACCAUGGCAAAGGCAGAUCAUGACAACACUUCCAUGGCCACUCUGAUGAGCCAAAUCCCACAGACACCUUCCUUGCACCAGCAGACAGUUCUGGGAUCUCUUGGAGAUGGGGUUUUCCAGCAGCCAUAUCAGCUCCCAAGCUUGAACUGGUACUCUUAGUUCAAUUUUGGGAGAUGGGGUAUGAGAGAAAUACACAAUAUUAAUCAACAUAAUUAGUUGUUUUAAGUUUCAAGCCAAUUAAGUUCUUGGGUAUGAUAGAGAGUCCGCAGACAGAUACCUCAAGUAUAUAUAUUGAUAUUGCCAGCAAAAAGGGAGAAAAAAAAAAAAAAAAGAUGUUUUAUAUUGGUGAAUACAGUGCAUUAAUUAGUUUGUAUAUGGUUGGUUUGGAAUUGAGAUUUUGCUUGGUAAAUGUAGCUAGCAAUUAAUCCAUAAA